CAGCAGCAGCAACAACAACAACAACAGCAACAGCAGCAGCAGCAGCAGCAGUUUGACGAUGCUUUCGGGGCCCUAGAACGUGUAGACGUACAAUCAGGAGGCUGCAGCACUCCUCCUCUGUCUUUUCCUGUAGGUUUUCAGCUUGCUGCUGCUGCAGCACCGAGCUUCUUAUCUAGCUGCCAGCAGCAGCAGCAGCAGCAGCCAACAGCAGCAGCAGCAGCAGCAGCAGCAGCAAGAGGCAGAGGACCAACGUUGGCUACUCAGUUGAACUCUGUGUUUCUGCUUGCGGAAGAUGCAGAGCAGCAGCAGCAGCUGCUGCUGCGGCUGCUGAACAGUCGAGCAGCAAAUAAAAUGCUGCUGUUGUAUGGUUCUGGUGCAGCAGGCGGCGUGGUGGAGCAGCUGCUGCAGCUGCAGCAGCAGCAGCAGCAGCAGCAGCAGCAGCAGGCCCUAGGGACGAACAACAGAGACCCUCUGUCUCUCUGGCUGAUGUCUGCUGCUGUUCAUUUUGUGCAGCAGCAACCGCAAGGAGAGAAGGAAGCAAAUAAUAUAUUUGAAGCUGCUGCAGCAAGCUGGGUUGAGGUGUUUGUGGUGUAUAUACACUCUAAUGAAGAGGAGCUUGCUUCUGCAUGUCUUCGUUUAGCAAACUGCUGCAGCAGCAAACGGGUUGCUGCUGCUGCUGCUGCUAGACGUCUGCUGCUGCUUCACCUCUGCCUUGCUGCUCCCUCUGCUGCUGAUGUUGUGAUGCUGCCCCUUGCUGCUCUGCCGAUGUGGGCUGCACUGCUAAGCGACAACGAAGACUCAGCAGCAGCAACACAGCAGCAGCAGCAGCAGCAGCGGUUGAUGUCUGCUGCAGAGCUGUCUCAGUCGGUCCUCAGCCCUCAACUAAGUCAUAGACGCUUCUAUUCCUGCGACUCAAAGGAUGCUGCUGCUGCUGCUGCAGCAGCAACAGCAGCAGCAAGCAUGCCUUUGCUGCUGCAGGAGAUAGAAGCUGCAGCUCGCCAUAGGCUGGGAGAGCCCAAGGACAGCUCCGCUGCAGCAGCAGCAGCAGCAGCAACUGCUGUUACUGCUGCUGCUCCCUGUGUCCUAAUAGACGCACGGCCUGCAGCAACAGCAACAACAGCAGCAACAGCAGCAACAGCAGCAGCAAAUUCUCUCUUUUCACCCCUCACUACCGACCUUGUGUGCAGCGGCUUUGCUGCCGAACAGCAGCAGCAGGAGCAGCAGCAGGAGCUGCAGCAACACGAACAACAACUGGGUAUGCUGCCUUCUUCAGUUGAGAAAGCAGCAGUAAAGAGAUGGCUGCAGGUGCUGGGAGCUUCUGCUGCUGUUUUACUUCCUGCAACAAGCUACCAGCAGCAGCAGCAGCAGCAGCAGCAGCAGCAGCAGCGGCACCACUCCUGGCUUACUUGGGGGGCUCAUUUAAAUCAAGCAGCAGCUGCUGCUGUUUGUCGCGCGGUUGUUUGUAGGAGGGAUAUUCAGUCUUCAGAUUUAGAUAUCGUUUUUGCUUAUAAGCUGCUGCAGCAAGUGCAAGCUGCUGCUGCUGCAAGCAGCAGCAGCAGCAGCAGCAGCAAGGGGCUCCUCACCUGCGUCCAUACACUCCAACUGCCUCACAACAACAACCUCGCCAUCACAUCAGAUGCAGCAGCAGCAGCAGCAGCAGCAAAAGAAGAAGAAGACCCAGCAGCAGCAGCAACAGCAGCAGCAGCAGCUGUGGUGUAUCUACAGCCCCCUGCUGCAGCUCAGGCUGAAGAAGCAAUAUGGGUUGCCAGCUUGCUGCAGCUAAUUCAAGGAGGAGGCCGAGGGCUGCGUGCAGCAGCAGCAGCAGCAGCAGCAGCAAGGAGACCAACCGCUAGCAAACGCAAGCAGCAGCUGCAGCAGCUGCUGCAGCAAGAUGCUGAAGCAAGAGAUGGGAAGAUCUGCUGCGCCUGUGGAGAGCUGCUUGGCGAUUCAGAGCAGCCAGCAGCAGCAGCAGCAGCAGCAGCAGCAGCAGCAGCAGCAG